AUGGAGUAUCAUUUGCAUCAACCACCACAACCGCCUCUGGAUUUUCGACGCUGGCUUGUGAAAAACGUCAAAUUGUCCCAAUUAAUAACAAUUCUUCUGAUCAUGUUGAUUUUAGUGCCACUUGUCACGCAUUACUACUUGAGUAAAGUUGACGGUAUCAGCAGCAAUGGGGCAUUUGCGCCAUCACGUGAUGCUCUUGGCCGCCACACUAUGAAAGUUAGCGAUCUCAGACUUCAUGUGGACGAGCUUUACCGAAUCAAGUCAUCCGUGACUGCCGAACUGGUGGAUCUGGAGAGACAGCGAAGUGAAAAGCAGAGUCAAAUCACCCUAUAUAGUAACAAGCUGGAAGGAAUCCACCAGGAUAUCAGUGUUACUGAGAUAGAGUUGAAAAAAAUAAAAUUACAGAUCAUGCAGUUGCAAAAGGAGAAGGAGGAAAUUCUAGAGCGUCGUGAGAAUCAGAUCGCUCCUCCGAAACGGAUUCUUCCGAGUUUGGAGGACAAUGUGAUUUUAACUGCACCCCAAGAUAAACUACAGUGCAGACAGCAUAACUGUUUUGAUUAUUCACGAUGCUCGCUAACUUCAAAAUUCCCAGUUUAUUUUUAUCAACCUAGUGAGACUUUUCAAAGCUCAAUCAAUUUAAAUAGGGUGGUCCUUAGUACCAUUUCAGAACUCUUUAGUGCCAACCCUUAUACAACCACGGACCCCAGUAUCGCUUGUAUUUAUAUAGUAUUGCUUGGGCCCACCACAACAGCCCUUAAUUCCAAGUCUGACAUUGAAAGCAAACUGCAUAGUUUACCGUACUGGAUGGGGGAUGGACGAAAUCACGUUCUCCUGAACCUUGUUAACAGUGUACUUCAGGAUAAUUGUCUUGAGUCAAUAAAUACGGGUCGUGCUAUCAUCGUGCAAUCUGGAUUCCGAGUCAGUGAGUUUCGACACGGGUUUGAUAUUCUUGUGCCGUUACUUUUGGGACCCAAAUAUCAUUUUAGUUGGACUGCAAUACCUCCGUUGGUGCCGGCCAAGAGACGAUAUCUUGCAACUUUUCAGGGAGAACUCGUAGCAUCAGGGGGAAAGCAUUCAACGUUUCAUCACAUGCAAAGCGGAAAAUUAAAAGCUGAUCUGAGGGGUCGGGAAACAGCAGAUCAGUAUAUUAAUGAAGAGUUACAAAGACUUCAAACUAUCACAGAAGAUAGUUUUUUUAUUGAACUAUUUUGCGGUACUUCAGUCAUAACUCAGGGAAGCAUGGGUGCCCCGGAAUGGGCUCUUUGUGGGACAGAAAUUGACCGAUCAAAAUUUUUAAGAGAAUCAACAUUUUCACUUGUGUUCUCACCUGAUGAAGUGCUUGUGUCGUCGUCGUUGUUUUACACGCGACUCUACGAGUCAUUGAGAUACGGUGCUGUGCCAGUUAUUGUUGGAGAACAUACUCAACUGCCAUUUUAUGAAACUUUGGAUUGGAGGAAAGCUGUGCUGUUCUUACCCAAACCUCGUAUAACAGAGCUUUAUUUUUAUUUACAAACCGUUGGUCAUGGUGACAUUUUGAAUAUGCGAAAACAAGGUCGUUUCAUUUAUGAAACUUAUUUUUCUUCAACAAAAAACAUUGUUGAUAGUAUCCUAGCAACAAUCAGAACUCGGCUCAAUAUUCCGUCCGUCGUGAUCCGUGAUGAACCUUCUCCAAGUGUCUUCAGUGAUGAAUUUGUCCCGCUAAAAGUGGACAUGCAGCUACAGACAUUGGAGUUUGAAGAUGGUGGCGGCGGACCUGUAGAAUCGCCAUAUUCGUCCCCAGGUUUUCUUCGCAAUUAUACAUUUAAUACAGUAAAUCGUCACGCAACAUGGAAUGAAUUGCCCGGACCAUUUUAUAUGUUUCCCAACACUCCAUUUGAUCCAAUACUGCCAUCAGAAGCGAAAUUCCGUGGAUCGGGAGUGGGUUUUCGGCCAAUUGGGGAUGGUGCAGGUGGAGCUGGCAAAGAGUUUAUGGAGUCACUUGGGGGUAAUGUACCCAAAGAACAAUUCACUAUUGUCAUGCUGACAUAUGAAAGAGAAGAAGUGCUUAUUAAUUCAAUACAAAGAUUAAAUGGACUGCCUCAUCUCAAUAAGGUGCUAAUUGUGUGGAAUUCACCAGAACCUCCGUCACAAGAUUUAGGUUGGCCUGAAAUACAUGUUGAUGUCAAAGUAAUUCAGACAAAGAAAAACAGUUUGAACAAUCGUUUUCUACCAUAUGAUGAAAUAGUGACUGAGGCUAUAUUGUCAAUUGACGAUGACGCCCACCUCAGGCAUGAUGAAAUUCUAUUUGGUUUCAGGGUUUGGCGAGAAGCUCGUGACCGUAUUGUAGGGUUUCCAGGUCGUUUCCAUGCCUGGGAUACAAACAUCAACAAUGGAUGGUUAUAUAACUCGAACUAUUCGUGUGAACUUUCUAUGGUCCUCACUGGUGCUGCUUUCUUUCAUAAGUACUAUGCCUAUCUGUACACAUAUUGGAUGCCACAGGAAAUCCGUGAUAUGGUGGAUGAAUACAUUAAUUGUGAAGAUUUAGCGAUGAAUUUCUUAGUUUCUCACAUUACAAGACAACCUCCAAUCAAGGUUACCUCAAGAUGGACAUUUCGAUGCCCAGGAUGUCCACAAGCGCUUUCUUCUGAUGAUUCACACUUUCAGGAACGCCAUCAAUGUAUGAAUUUCUUCACCAAAGUCUUCGGUUAUAUGCCGUUACUCUAUACCCAAUUUCGAGUGGACUCUGUCCUUUUCAAAACCAGACUUCCUCACGAUAAGCAAAAAUGUUUCAAAUUUAUUUGAAACCUAUAAAUUUUAUUUAUCCAAAACUUUCUUUAUCAAACUACACUUUAAAUAUCUUUAUGACCAUAGUGUGAUUACUAUUGUCUCACG